ACACCGCCGACCACCCGACGGGCGAUGACUAUAAUACAGACGGCAAUAUACAUAUACAUGACCACGGUGUCUGUGCGUGCGUGCGUUUCGUGUGUGUUACUGUGUUAGCACUCGGCAGUGAGCGAUAACGCGUCGUAUAUUAUUAUUUGUUAUUAUUUAUUUAUUAUUAUUAUUAUUACUAUUAUUAUAUAAAACUAUCAAAAACUGAAAAUAAUAUAUCGCUCCGCACCCGCCGUGUCGCGACCAGCGGACAUUCGAUUCAAUAUUAAUACAUAAGAUAAUAUUGCUUAAACGUUAUUUUCUUCUCUUCAAUUUUUACGACUUUUCAUCUUCAUCUUCGUCAUCAUCAUCUCUGUUGUAACGCGUAUUAAAAAAAAAAAAUACUUGAUAAAUUAACAACGUUAUUGGGUUGUAUAAAUGUAUGAUAUUAUAUUGUCUUGAAAUAUUAUGCUGACUCGUCACGUGCCGCAUUUCCGUAACUAUUGGUGCAGUGCUCUUACGGUUACGAUUGUCCGUGUCGUCGGUGGCCGCCGCCGUUCGUCCGUGUGGUGGUGAUCGGUUCGCGGUCGUCGGCACUACAGAUCCCCUCGUGCUUGUGUUUUGUCGUUACAUCAGUUACGAAUAGCAGACCCGACACGCCGACCGAAGGGACUGACGGUGUAACGACAACGUUAUUGUGUGUCGUACGUGCGCGCAGUGCGACAAGCCGUCGUCGUUACAUGAUGUCGCGUUACCGCCGGGCGACGUGCGAUACCGCCUAAAAAGGGCAUAUGCCCACCGUCGUCGUGACGCCGCGCUUCACGUCGGUCAGAAACCGUGCAUAGUGGUGUCUGCCAGCUUCAGCGGCCACGACCACSGGCGUUUUGUGAGUCCGUGACCAGCACACUCGUUGACCGUCACUUCUGUUGGUCGUAGUCUAACCAAACGUUGACAUCACACUCAGACCCCCUCCCCAACCGGAUUUCGGAUAGACUACCAUUGUGACACAAUGCGUUUUUAUGGAUGGUGUACUUGAAAAUCCGGCAAAGCGUUGCCGGCUACCAAUCGAGAUAUGGACGGCAGCAACGGUGCCAAGCAAGCCGAAAGUUGGCAUAAGCAUGAGCCGUUCAUGAUGGUCGAAAAGCAGAAAAACAAAAAUCAUGGGCAAGGAUCCCAAGACAGUAACUUUGGUUUUGGCGGUGGUCCUUUGUAUGGAAGACUUGUUGCUGAAGAUCAAUUACCAAUGGUUGGUGGUGUUGCUCCAGUGCACGCUGAUAUCCAUGCAAUGCAAGCAAGAAUACCACCUCAUUUUCGAGAUCCGUCAACAGCUCCAUUGAGAAAGCUUUCGGUGGACCUGAUCAAGACUUAUAAGUUUAUUAAUGAGGUAUACUAUGCUAAGAAAAAAAAAAGAGCUGGUGGUGGAGCAGUUGGGUUGAGUAGUCAACCUCAAAAUAAUGGAGCCCCCGUUGAAGGUCCUGUAGCCAAUAAAAAAGAAAGAAGAGUGUAUAAUGAUGGUCAUGAUGAUGAUAACCAUGAUUAUAUAAUUAGAAGUGGUGAAAAAUUUUUGGAUCGCUAUGAAAUCAUAUCGUUGCUAGGCAAAGGGUCAUUUGGACAAGUUGUUAAGGCUCGUGACGAAGAAGAAGAUUGUUAUGUAGCAAUUAAAAUAAUAAAGAACAAAAAACCAUUCCUAAAUCAAGCUCAAAUUGAAGUAAGACUAUUAGAAAUGAUGAAUAGAGCUGAUGUUGACAACAAAUACUAUAUUGUUAAACUCAAGCGUCAUUUUAUGUGGCGUAAUCAUCUGUGCCUGGUGUUUGAGUUAUUAUCUUAUAACUUGUAUGAUUUGAUUAGGAACACUAAUUUUAAAGGUGUUUCUUUAAAUCUUACACGUAAAUUUGCUGCUCAACUGUGCACGGCUCUGUUGUUCCUGUCCACACCGGACCUGUCCAUCAUACAUUGUGAUCUGAAACCAGAAAACAUAUUGUUGUGCAAUCCCAAAAGAUCAGCUAUUAAAAUAGUAGACUUCGGCUCAUCUUGUCAACUUGGCCAAAGAAUAUAUCAAUAUAUUCAAUCUCGUUUUUACCGUUCACCAGAAGUUUUGCUGGGUAUACCUUAUGAUCUGGCUAUUGACAUGUGGAGUUUAGGAUGCAUAUUAGUAGAAAUGCAUACCGGAGAACCUUUGUUUAGUGGAACAAAUGAAGUUGAUCAGAUGAAUAAAAUCAUUGAAGUUCUUGGCAUGCCACCCAAACAUAUACUUGACCAGGCUCAGAAAGCUCACAAAUAUUUUGAUAAGUUGCCUGGUGUUGAUUCGUAUACCUUAAAAAAACCUAAAGAUGCUAAAAAGUACAGGAAUCCAGGUGGUCGACGAUUACAUGAUAUAUUAGGUGUCGAAACUGGGGGUCCUUAUGCUAGGCGGUUAGGUGAACCAGGGCAUUCAGUUUCUGACUACCUUAAAUUUAAAGAUCUUAUAGUACGAAUGCUGGAUUAUGAUCCAAAAACACGAAUUACACCAUAUUAUGCUUUGCAACAUAACUUCUUCAAGCGGACUUCUGAAGAGGGUACUAAUACAGCUAGUGGUAUCGCUCAGGCUGGACUACAUAGCUUAGGUACUAGUCCGCCAUUUAAUAGUUUACCUAGUAAUAAUCCAGGGGACACAAAUGUGCAAUCAUCUGCAAUAAGAUUGCGGUCGGACCAGUGCCGAGGUAGAAGUACAAUGGAUUGUGAUCCUCCGCCGAUUGCUUCUAUGUACCACGGUUACCAAACGGCUCCAAUGGCUAGACACCAUCUGCCUCACCAUUCUACAGUUUACCCAAUGAAUCCAGCAUCCGCUGUUGGUGCUUUGGUUCACUGUCGACCCACCUCUUUGCCGUUCCUACAUCCACAACAUCACCCGUAUCAACCUAUACAAUCACAACCUCCACGCUCACUGCAUUCGUUGCAUAAUCACCCACCACCACCACCGCCAGUACAACAGCCUGUUGCACGGGUACCAACUUCCCAUUCCAAUCGAACGAAACAAGAACAAGAUGACAUGAUUGGGGUAUGUAUAGGUCAAAGUCCUGUAGCAAUAAACAUAACAUGAUCAAAUCGUAUAAAAUGUAAAAGAGAUAAUUUACACUUGUUUUCAAUGUAAAAAUCGAAUAACUGUGAUUAAUCUAUAGGGAAAGAACGUAAUUUUUAAAUUUAGAUUUGUACUGAGUAGUGUCAGAAAACAGUUUUAUUGUUUCCAUUGAUAUUGUUUUUGUUUUUUUUUGUUUUUUUUUUUUUUUUUUUUUUAUUACAAAUAUGUUAUAGAAUUC